GGUCGACAUUCGAUAAACAAAUCCGUAUCCGUAACGACACUCAAAAUGAAAAUUUCGCAGUGACUCCCAUAUUUGUUCUUUAUUUUUAAUCCAAUACCAAAUUCUUUCAGUGUGUACGACACCUUUGCAACCUAAUUAAGUCGAUAGAUUGAUUUCGGCUUAAUUAUAUCAAUAUGAUGCUGGCGAAGAAGACGCUUUCCCGAGCACCGGCCGCGAUGAGGAGUGGAUUAGCAGUGACGGCCAACCAGAUGCGCGGCAUGGAGACGCUGUUCGAUCCGUACACAAAUGGUGUGCCCCGGAUGGCCGGCGAGCGGAGGGAUCUGAAGAAGAAGAAGCCGCAGGACAGGACCAAGGUGCCCGUGAAGGACAUCUGCUGGAUUGCGAUGCGUCGCUCGGAGUACAAGUGUCGCUCCGAUCCCGAGUUCAAUGUGCCGGCCUUCAUCGACUCGCGAAAGCGGUGCACCGCAGAUCCCUGUGCGAGUUCCUACCCACCGACAGACCUCACCCUCUACAAGCCCACCGACAAGCUGAGCCGCAAGUACCAGCGCACCUGGUGCGAGUGCGAGCUGGAGGAGCGGAAGCGGAAGGCGGUCUGCCGCUGCCGUCCGCCGAACUUCCUGCGACGGGCCCGUCGAACGCCGCCGCUCAAGGAGUCGAAGGUCUGCCCCGAUGGCAGCGAGAGCCUGGGACUAGGGCUCUGCCGCCCCAAGCCGGUGGCCAGCUCCUGCCCCAGGUUCAAGCUGCCCUUCUGCAAGCAGGUCAGCUCGAAGGGCUGCCGGCCAGGACGACCCCAUAGCGAUUGCAUUCGCCGCCGGACGAAGUACCCCAGCUUCUCGGAGUGCCAGACGGAUCCGCUGCCCGAUGUCCCGCCCACCCACUGCUUCUGCAUCAACCAGCCGCCCAUGUGCGUGGUGUGGAACUACUACCGCAUGAAGAAGUCUUAGUUGCCAAGGUCGUUCUGCAUUUACCGGCUGGCCAUCCCUCAGUUUCGAAUAAACAAUA